GUUUAGGACUUGACCAAAAAAAAAAAAGAGGGUCAUGGAAUAAACUAUAAGAAGAAGAAUUGGGUUUUGAUAUUUGAAUCUUUGAUUAUUCAACAAGUACAAUAAUCAAGAAGAUGGGUCAAGCUGAAAGCGCGGAAGCACAGCCACAAACCACCACCACCACCACCACCGCAGUUGUAUCAAAUUCCAGUUCCUCUGAUUCCACUUCCUUGGAAUCUGUCAUCGCAGAAGCUGCAGCUUAUGGAAGCCAAAACACUGAGAAUGUUGAGGAAAUGGCUCAGAAAGCUCUUGAAUGUCCUUGUAUUGCUGACUUAAGAAGUGGUCCUUGUGGGUUUCAAUUCUCAGAGGCUUUCCUUUGUUUUCUCAAGAGCACUUCUGAAGAAAAGGGCUCGGACUGUGUAAAUCCAUUUAUUGCUCUGCAGAGUUGCAUAAAAGCCAAUCCAAAUGCAUUCUCUAAGGACAUUCUUGGCGAAGAUGAAAGCAAGGAGUCAGAGCAAGUCCAAGAGUACAAAAUACUUCCUCCAGACUGGUCUAAGGAAUCGCAAAAAUCGAAGUCGAGGCUUUAAAGGAAGAGUUGUGCUCUACUCAGAUAACAGUAUGCCAAAUUCAUUUAAAAUUUUAAAAUUGUAUUAGCUUUGCAUUAUUGAAAAUGUUACUGGUUGGAUAAGGGCCUGAAAUAUGAUAUUGUCUUCAGAAUUAAAUAAAGCGUUCCACCUUAUUAUUUCA